CCAAACAUUUUACAGUUACUAACAAGCUAACAUACAGAUUUAAGGAAAAUUCUCGGCGAGAAGCGAAAAGUCGAAGCAUAUGCAAUGCAAAAUAAUAAGCUACUAAUCCAAAAGCGAAUGCUGUGCCAAGUGUACAAAUACUAAUCGGUUACUUCCUCCUCCUAUACGCAACGACGCACAACCAACACACGCACACUGGCACACUCGCACACCCGCACACCCGCACACAUACAUAUUCGCACACUCGCACACUCGCACACUUGCAAAUACCCACUGAUUGAUGAUGACAACACAGCAGCAACAGCAACUAGCGGCAGCAGCGUCGACUGAGUCGGCGGCAGCGGCAGCACCAGUGGACAACAGCAACACAGCCAUGACAGCGGCAACAACAGCAACAACAGCGACAACAACAACGACCACAACAAAAUCGGGUGGCAACACGAAGCAAAGCAAGCACAGGUCGAGGUCAUCCGCUCGGUACGAUGACGUGGAAAGGCAGCAGCGCAAGAGUCGCGCCAUCGUCUCCAUACCGAACACCAUCAAGCUGAGCAUGCUGAAUAGCGGCCUGUUGUCCUUUGAGCGCAUCAAACUGGAGGCGCGAGAUGAGAACAAUUCGCUGUCGAAGACCAUACCGAAUGGACCCAUCGAUGUGCGGCAUUUUCUCAAAUUAUGUGAUCUGCGUCGCAAAUUCCCUGUGCUCUAUAAGCUGGAAUUUCAAACGGCCGCCAAGGUGGAAACGAACACCUGUCGGCAUGCGCUCAAGAAGAACAAUCAGGAGAAGAAUCAGAAUCCCAAGUGCAUUCCAUAUGACUACAAUCGCGUUGUGCUGCAAAAGCUGGCGGGUGUGCCCGACUCGGACUAUGUGAAUGCCUCCUACAUGGACAGUCUGCUCAAGCCGAAUGCCUACAUCGUUACCCAGGGCCCCGUCGAGGAGACGGUCAACGCCUAUUGGCGCAUGGUGUGGCAGGAGAACAUUAGCGCCAUUGUCAUGCUGACCAAAACCUUUGACUUUGCCAAGGUCAUGUGCGUGCAAUACUGGCCGCCCAACAUGGAGGUUCACGAAACCUAUGGCGAUAUACACAUCAAUAUCGUGAGGGAGGAGCAGCUGGCCAACUUUCACAUACGUACGUUUCGGCUGUACAAGAAGGGCGAACAGGGCGAGGUCACGGAUGAACGGCUGAUACUGCAGUUCCACUAUACGGAAUGGUAUUCCCACUCCUGCCCGUUUUCCAAUGCUCUGCUUGAGUUCAGGCGUCGCGUGCGCCUUGUUGUGGGCAACAUCAUCAAGGAUGGCGACGACGUGGACAUGCGUGGGCCCAUUUUGGUGCACUGCAGCGAUGGCGGCGGUCGCUCGGGCGUCUACAUGUCCAUCGAUGCCAAUUUGGAACUGGCCGAGGAGGAGGAGUCCUUCAAUGUGUUUGGCUACCUCAAGAAGCUGCGGCAAUCGCGCAAGGGCCUGGUCGAGAAUGUGGAGCAAUACAAGUUCAUCUAUGAUACGCUGGAGGAGCACAUCAUAUGCGGCAAGACCUGGUUUCCAGUCUCCGAGCUGUCGGAUCGUCUCAAGGCCAAGGCACGACGCAAUUCCGGCACUAAGAUGAACGAGUACCAGGCCGAGUACGAUCAGAUCUGCAAGCAAACGCCACGCUUUACGAUUGGCGACUGCGCAGGCGGUCAUCGAGCCGAUAACCGGGAAAAGAAUCGCGAUGUGCUCUGUGUACCGCCGGACAACUUUCGUCCAUAUUUGACCAGUUUUCAGGGUAACGCCUUCACGGACUACAUCAACUCGGUCUUUGUGGAUGGUUAUACCAAGCCGCGCGAGUACAUUGUCACCGAGUGGCCCAUGAAGCAUACGCUGGGCGAGUUCUGGUCUCUGGUGUACGAUCAUGAGUGCUCCGCCGUUGUGGUGCUCUGCCAGCCGCCCUCGCAGUCCCAGCAAUAUCCCUCGUUCUGGCCCAACAAAUCGAAAAUGGAAAAAUACGGCCCUGUCUUCACUGUGCACUACGUGAUGUCCAAGAGCUAUACGAACAUCAAGCAGUGGGAGUUCAAGAUCAACAAGAAGAUCGUUUCGCUGACCGAAAUGAUGGCAGGCGUCAAGGCGCCAACACGUACCGUCCAGCUGUUUCAGCUAACCUGCUGGCCCAUGGGCCACAAGGUGCCGAGCUCAACCAAUUCGCUGGUCUAUCUGAUGAAUAUGGUCGAGAUCUGGCGCAAUAAAGUCGACUAUGGACCCGUCUGUGUUGUCUCGCCCGAUGGUCGCAGCCGCGCCGGGGUUUACUGUGCGGCCAAUGCGUGCAUCGAGCAGGUCAUACAGCACGGUGAGGUCGAUGUCUUUCAGGCCGUCAAGACCGUGCGGCGACACCGUCCACAGCUGGUCGAAAAUAUGACCGAGUACAAGUACUGCUACGAUCUGGUGCUACACUAUGUCCUGCACUUUCUCAACAAGAAGGAUUGAGCGGUACUAGCUACAUUUUUUAACAGUUCGAACCCCGUUUCUCAGAGUUACGGCUGUGCUACUAAGAUGAUUGAGCUGGCCUACAAUGGAAGCUUGAAGUACGAUCUUAACGAUCUGUUCAAGAGUUUUCUAGAAUUCUACUUGCUCAAUAGAACAAAUUGAACUGUACUAAAUAUUUUUCAAGGGUUCGAACUCUGCUCUUUAGUUUGAGCUGUUCUGGAUUUUAUUUUUGAAGUCCAACUUCACUGUGAAAAUCUUUUGGGAUUGAGCACAACUUACAUUUUUUUGAAAGGUUCGAACCUCACUUCUUCGCUAGGUGCAGCGCCUUCCGAACAUUAUGGAUUGCUGUACUGAAGUUGGGUUUGGGAUUCGAAUCGGUUUUAUGCGUAUACAAGUCGCACAAAUAACAACUAUAUGUCCAAGUGGUCCACAUUUGAUGCCUAUUACAUCUAACUUAUGAAUGUCGUAUUUCUAUAAAGCUAUAUAGGGCUGUAGGAAUCGGGGCUAGACUCGGCUUGGCACAGGCUUAAAGCAAUAAUACUGAGUAUUUUUGUUGUGCACAACACAAUUUUUCGUUUGUGUUUUUGUUGUCGCUGGAAAUGAAAUUUCCAAUUAAUUUUCCUUUUGGAAUAUAUAUGUAUAUAUCUACUAUAUAUAUAUCCAUUUUUGUGUAGGUCGCCAAGUUCCUAACCGGACCAUAAAUAAAAAAUAUUGAAAUCAAAUGCAAAAGCUAUAUAUGAUCUGAAUCUGAACUGUAUGUGCCAUGUCUAAUGCCCUAAUUGUUGUUGUUAUUACUAUAUAUAAAUACAUAUACUAUAUGAAGAAAUCUUGAACUAUUACGAUUAAAUAUGAUUAUGUUUACGAUAUAUAUAU